CCAUAAAUAAGCAGUAAAAUCACGCUUUCUGCACGCAAACGUGAACAUAGAUAAUCAUCGCAAUUCAAUACAAUUGCCGAUUACCGUUAAACAUGACUGGCGGUAUUAAACCCCACUUUAUCUAAUCUGUUGAAAAUGUAUUAAGUAAUUAACGGCUUAAAAAACAUAAUCUGGCGAUAUAUAGAGCGCUGAUUAUCGUGUAUGGUUUGAGUAAACUUUUCUUAGCGAUCCGUUAAACAUGAAAGGGCUGGUACUGAUUUGGGGCUUUUUAGGUAAGUAUAAGUUAAGAAGAUUUUUCUCAACCUUUCAAUAUAUCUUCCAUUUCAAAGGAACUGUAGUUGCCUAUCCCUUGCGCGUGAGUCUUCUGGAUAUGGCUGAGACGCCAACCACAAACAAAGUACAUUUCUACCUUUACACUGCUUCAAAUCCAGAAGAGCCACAAGAGCUUAGUAUUGGGGAUGUAGAUUCCGUAAAAAAAUCGCUCUUCGACAAAAGUCGACACACAAAAGUUCUGAUACACGGCUGGGGUGGAAACUAUACAACUUCCCCAAAUGGUUUACUGCGACGCGCCUACUUCAAACAACAGGAUUACAAUAUAAUUUCCGUUGAUUGGUAUCCAUAUGCGAAAUUGAAUUAUUUAUCAGCACGCGCAAAGGUGCCGGUCGUAGGUGAAAAUAUAGCCGAGUUUUUGGAUUUCCUAAACGAACAAUUCCAAUUGAGCUUUGACAAAGUGGUGGUGAUAGGUCACAGCAUGGGCGCACAUGCAGCCGGAUUUAGUGGGAAACUUGUAAAGCGUGGAAAUAUUGCUGCCAUAGUUUCAUUGGAUGCAGCUUCUCCACUUUACGAUUACAACAGUCCAGACACACGUAUAUCCAGUGAUGAUGCCAAAUUUGUGCUAAGCAUACACACAAAUGGUAAUUUAAAGGGUUUCCUAAAUCCCAUCGGCACUGCGUCAUUCUAUCCGAAUUGGGGUCGCGUGCAACCUGGUUGUGGAUUAGAUUUAGAUGGUGCAUGCUCUCACAGCCGUAGCGUCACUUUGUUCGCAGAAGCUGUGCGCGGCUACUCAUUUGCACCAAUUUACGGAUGUGGUGAUUUUACUGAAGUUUCAUCGAAAAGUGGUUGUAAUCAAAGUGCAACGCAUGUAGAAUUCGGUGAUCCAUUACAGAUAGAUCAAAAUGCGGGCAUGUACUAUUUUACAACUAACGCAGCAUCUCCUUUCGGAGUAUUGAUUGAAAGAAGGAAUAAAGCAAGCGCAAGCGUUGCGGAGUAUACAGUCGACGAUCGUGAUGUGUGAACUAAUAAUAAAAAUUUCGAUCAUGAUCUCCCUUUUUAGUAA